AUGUCGACCGGUGUAAAUCUCCUUCAUACAAUUAAUGAUGCUAGCUUAGAAUCACCAUUUAAGUACGAUGAAAUUGUAAUGGCUGAGCAUCGAAAAGGUAGAAAACGACUGUUUCGACUAACUGUGGGAGGCCAAUUUGCAUCCCCUCUAGGUAUCAUCCCUUACGCACAAAUUGUUGGUACCAAUGAAAGGUCUACAAGCUUUACUUCGCAUCAAGUACUCUUCUACAGACCUACUCUCGAAGAUUACAUAUUACAUAUGAAGAGAGGACCUACCGUUACCUAUCCUAAGGAUGCAGCAGCUAUGGUAACUAUGAUGGAUAUUGGCUGUGGUAGCAAGGUUCUAGAAUCUGGAUCUGGAUCCGGAGGACUAACUUUAUUUCUCUCACGUGCAGUUGGUAAUGAAGGCCGUAUCGAUAGUUAUGAAGUAAGAUCUGGUCAUUUAGAGAUUGCGAGAAAAAACGUGCAAGCAUGGAAAGGAUCUUGGAAUGUUAACCAUUUGCAGACAUGGCCAGAUAAUAUUUAUUUCUUUCAUCAAGAUGUUAUUAAGGCUCUUACAAUGCCUACAGAUGUUUUCGACGCGGUUGCAUUAGACCUACAAGAUUUAUCGGAUGUUCUUCCGUUUGUGUUGAAAGUAUUACGGAUUGGCAGACCAGUUGUCGCUUACUUGCCUAAUAUCACUCAGGUCAUAACAACACUGCAGCGUAUUAAGCAGCAAUCAUUGCCAUUUAGUUUGGAUAGAGUAGUCGAAGUCUAUCAUAAAUUAUGGCACAUUGCCCCAUCUAAGACACUCAACUUCAGCUCUGGAGCGACCCACUCGGAAUCGAAUGCAAAGAAAAACGAUUAUGAUUACUACUUAGCUCGACCUUCUCAUGCACAGCAUCCACACACCGGUAUCGAAAAUGUCUUUAUAAAUCCUUUAAUAUUACUAAAUUUUAUAUCAGAAUAUUAA